UCGUCGGUGGCAGCGCAGGACAAAAAGUUUGGAGCAGCGAUAUGUAAACGGACAUCCAGCAACGCACUUUGACUUUUUAUAUUUGGUCCCCCUCCCCACCCCCCACCUCCACCCUGCGGGCGCUGGAGUCCUCUUAAACCGUGUCCCCACUAAAGAGACAAGUGAGUCAGGCUGCGCUGAGGGGAACAUAAGGAGACGUGAGGAGCUUCAGCCAGGAGAGGAGAGGAAAAUCUCACCGCGCCCGGAUCACAGCCUGCAGCACCGCGCGCUCCCUGCACUCCUGCUUUUAGCAUGGCCAGUUCGAGUAAAGCGACUUUAAUCUUGCUCAUCUACGGAAUCUUAAUGCACUACAGCGUCUUCUGCACACCUAUUGGACUAAGUUACCCUAAGAUUAGACUUGAAAACGACGCCUUCGAUGAAGAUGGGAACUCUCUGUCCGAUAUGGGCUUUGAUGGAGACCAGAUUGCUAUACGAAGCCCCCCAUCCUUAAACGACGACGCGUACACUCUAUACUACCCACCGGACAAAAGAGCAGAAAGGCAUGCUGAGGAAGAAUUAGAUAGAGCCUUGAGGGAGAUCCUGGGUCAGUUAACAGCAAGACAUUAUCUGCAUUCUCUGAUGACUGUGCGUGCAGGGUAA